UGGUUUUUUUCUUCUUCCCCCAUUUUAGUAGGAGAGAAUCGAUGUUCAACCAGAAAAACAAGAAUUUACCGGUUCUCUGUUUUUUCUUCCAUGGCAUUCCCUCCACUUUCUACUCUUCCUUUCUCCUUCUUCUUCCCCCUUUCAUCAUCAUUCAUCAUUCCUCUAAUUGAAUCCAAUUGAACUGAAUUUACAGGGUUUCCUCUCGAGGCCGCUGUUGCCGCCGCCGUCGUUUUUGGAGGACCACUUUAAGGGUUUCUCCGGCACUAUUUAACGACUACUUCUUUGCCGGAAACUCUUCUAAUGUCUUCCUCUUCCGGUUCUCCUUCCCCUUCUUCUGAUUCCGGUUCCACUUCUCCUCCUCCUUCUCCACCUGCUCCUACUGCUCCGCCUCCUGAUUCUUCUUCCUCUUCUUCUCCUCCUCCUCCCGAUUCUUCUUCUUCUUCUCCGCCUCCGCCCGAUUCGUCCUCUUCUUCUCCGCCUCCUCCAGAUUCGUCCUCUUCUUCUCCUCCGCCGGAGUCUUCUUCUUCCUCUUCUCCACCUCCGCCAGAUGCAUCCCCACCGCCGCCGCCUAAUGAAUCGUCACCGCCUCCUAAGGACUCAAAUUCUUCACCACCGCCGAAGAAAGGGGAUGGGGAUGGGAAAUCUUCGUCUUCGCCGCCUCCUCCGCCACCACCACCGCCGCCGCCGCCGCCUCCUCCUCCUCCUCCUCCGCCAAAUGGUUCGUCGAGACAUUCUCCUCCUUCUCCGAGAUCGAUCAACUCAAGAUCUUCGGACUCGUCGUCGGGUGGAUCUGCACCCGAGGCGAUGCCGAUCAUUGUAGGAGUGGCGGUGGCGGCUGGGUUUUUGUUAUUUGCUAUGGCGUUGAUAUUCUUCGCUUGCAGCCGAAAGAAAAAGAAGCAAAAUAAUAGUUCCACGUACUACGACGACCCCUCCGGUCCCAAAGGUGGGGAUCCAUAUUACAGCGGAAGGAAUCACAACUGGAACAGUCCCGGCGAACAUUACGUGAACAUGGCGCCAAUCAGCGGCGGUGGAGGCCAAGUAGGAGUAUGGCCAUCGCCCCCGCCUCCUCCUCCUCCGCUGGGAAUCAACAGUGACGUGAGUUCCAAUUUCUCAGGCCCACAUGGACCACCGUUGCCGCCGCCGCACCCAGCGGUGGCGCUUGGGUUCAAUAAGAGCACUUUCACUUACGACGAGCUGAUGGCGGCGACGGCAGGGUUCUCUCCUGCAAAUCUGUUGGGGCAAGGGGGAUUCGGGUACGUUCAUAAAGGAGUACUGCCAAAUGGGAAGGAAAUUGCCGUGAAAAGCCUGAAAACGGGAAGCAGACAAGGAGAUCGGGAAUUUGCGGCGGAGGUGGAGAUCAUCAGCCGUGUCCACCACCGACAUUUGGUAUCCCUGGUCGGAUAUUGUAUUGCCGGUGACCGGAAGAUGUUGGUUUACGAAUUUGUCCCUAAUAACAACCUUGAAUUCCACCUUCACGGCGAGGGGAGGCCACCUUUGGACUGGUCGACUAGGGUGAAGAUCGCAUUGGGUUCGGCCAAAGGCUUGGCCUAUCUCCACGAAGAUUGUCAUCCUCGCAUUAUCCAUAGAGAUAUCAAAACUGCCAAUAUUCUUAUAGACAUGAGUUUCGAAGCUAAGGUGGCUGAUUUUGGAUUGGCGAAGCUCAACCAAGACAAUUACACUCAUGUAUCUACACGAGUUAUGGGUACAUUUGGAUAUUUGGCUCCAGAGUAUGCAUCAAGUGGAAAGCUAACAGAGAAAUCAGAUGUAUUCUCAUAUGGUGUAAUGCUUCUAGAAUUGAUUACCGGGAAACGACCUGUGGAUGCAACGGGAGAAAUGGAGGACAGCUUAGUGGACUGGUCUAGGCCUCUUUGUACAAAAGCAAUAAACAACCAAGGAAAUUUUGAGUUGGUUGAUCCAAGGUUGGAGAAUAACUAUGAUGUUGAAGAAAUGGCUUGCAUGGUGGCUUGCGCCGCAGCUUGCAUUCGUCAUUCUGCUCGUCGCCGCCCUAAAAUGAGUCAGGUGGUACGAGCAUUGGAAGGCGAUGUGUCAUUAGAGGACUUGAACGAGGGAAUAAAGCCAGGGCAAAGCUCAUACUUCGGGUCCGGCACGUCCUCGGAGUACGACGCAAGUUCCUACAGCGCCGACAUGAAGAAGUUCCGAAAAGUGGCGUUGGACAGCCGAGAGUACACAAGCAGCGAUUACGGCGGCACCAGUGAGUACGGCCUAAACCCUUCCUCAACAAGCAGCGAAAUCAGUCGAAAACCUAGUGGCCUUUCCUCUCCCGUUGCACAACCUCCCAAUCCCUAAAAUUGUUUAAAUUAAACCAAAAUCUCUUCAAAUCAUCAUCACUCUUCUUCUUCGUUUGAUUCGAUUGUUCUGCGCUUUGGAACGGCCGAUCGAUGAAUUUUCCUGUUUUUCUUUUUCUUUUUUUUUUUUUUUGGUUAAUUUUAGGUUGUGGAUCGCUUUUAAUUAAGUUUCGUAUUUUUGAUCAGAGUUCGUAAACACAAAAAUGUGUGGACGCGUAUAUGAUUCAUUUUGUUGAAUGAAUACUUGUUGCGGAUAAUUUGUUUGUU